GCCCCUCCUGUAAUAACUCUAAAUGUAACACAGUGACUAGGAAGUCAGUCCUGUGUAUAUAAAGAGUUGCAUCUGUUGUUAUCACUAGACAACAGAUUUCACCUUUGAAUCUCACAAAGCUCACUUUGUAUUCGACAGGAUGAAGUUGGCUGCCGCCUUCCUGGUGCUGUUCCUGGUCGUCCUGAUGGCUGAACCUGGAGAGUGUUUCUUGGGAUUUCUUUUUCGCGGUAUCCACCACGGUAUCAGGGCGAUCCAUGGACUCAUCCAUGGUCACAGUUACGACGAGCAGCAGGAGCUCGACAAGCGCUCAGUCGAUGACAACCCCAGUGCUAUUGUUUUUGACUGAAGAAUGAUAUAUAAUGCUUCUUGCUUUUCAAUGAAAUAAAUUGAAUAUUUACCCGCAACAGCAA